CAGGCUUCAACAACCACAGAGACCACAGUUCCCUCAACAACUGAAACCACCCAGGCCUCAACAACCACAGAAUUUACAGAAGCAACAACAGUUAUUUCAAGUUCAACUUCAGAAACGACAGUACCCUCAACAUCUGAAACUACCCAGGCUUCAACGACAGUACCCUCAACAACUGAAACUACCCAGGCUUCAACAACCACAGAGACCACAGUUCCCUCAACAACUGAAACCACCCAGGCCUCAACAACCACAGAAUUUACAACAUCAGAAGCAACAACAGUUAUUUCAAGUUCAACUUCAGAAGAAAUUACAACAUCAGAAGCAACAACAGUUAUUUCAAGUUCAACUUCAGAAACAACAGUACCCUCAACAACUGCUUCAACAAACACGGAGACCACAGUUCCCUCAACAACUGAAACCACCCAGGCCUCAAAAACCACAGAAUUUACAACAUCAGAAGCAACAACAGUUAUUUCAAGUUCAACUUCAGAAACGACAGUACCCUCAACAACUGCAACAACAGUUAUUUCAAGUUCAACUUCAGAAACGACAGUACCCUCAUCAACUUCAGAAACGACAGUACCCUCAACAACUGAAACUACCCAGGCUUCAACAACCACAGAGACCACAGUUCCCAUAACAACUGAAACUACACAAGUCUCAACAACAACAGAAUCAACAACUUCACAAACGACAACAUUUUCUUCAAGUGCAACUUCAGUACCUUUAACAACUGAAACCACCCAGGCCGCAACAACCACAGAAUUUACAACAUCAGAAGCAACAACAGUUAUUUCAAGUUCAACUUCAGAAACGACAGUACCCUCAACAGCAACAACAGUUAUUUCAAGUUCAACUUCAGAAACGACAGUACCCUCAGCAACAACAGUUAUUUCAAGUUCAACUUCAGAAACGACAGUUCCCUCA